AUGGGCGGUCACGACAAGUCUACUACCUACACAGGAGAUUUAUCCGCUAGUUUAAAGAGUUGUUUUCUGUCAUCGGCAUUCUCAGACCUGACUAUUCACACCAAAGACCAGGAGUUUAAAGUCCAUCGACUAGUGAUCUGUGGACAGUCAGAGUAUUUCUCUAGAUUGUACCAGGGAGAUUGGAUGGAAACGACUGAAAAUGCUGUACACCUUGAAGAGGAUGAUCCGCGCGCUAUAGAAGCAAUGAUUCACUUCAUGUACGGAUUUGAAUACGACAGCAGUGGUAGCCAACACGGCCGUAUUUCCCCAAUGCUGUUUAAUAUCAGAGUUUAUCAAAUUGCGGACAAAUAUGUUGUUCCACAACUCAAACAGCUAGCGAAAGAAAAAUUCGAGAUUGUCCUCAAGGCGUGUUGGCAGAUGGACGACUUUCCUACAGCCAUUGCAGAGGGAUAUGGAUGUACUCCAAAAGAAGAUCGAGGUCUUCGAGAUCCACUUGUCAAGAUAUCCCAUGAACAUAUUACCCAAUUAUUAGCAAAAGAUGAUUUUCAAACUGCCUUGGAAGAAACAACGGGUUUUGCUGCCGAUCUUGCCCAAGGUUUGACUCGAACAGUGGACAAAGAUCCAACGCUGACAAAAUACCGCUGCCCUAGUUGCGGUAACGAAUGGCGUCUAGGGAUUGUCAACGGUGGGCCGAUGAGUCGCUGCCCUUGUUGUGGGAGCUCUAAUUCCUGGAGCAAGCAUAUUGUUCGUGAUUGA